GGUGUUGUGUUAUAGUAGUAAUUAAAAGCUCUGUUGUGCAUACCUGGCCCUGAGUAUGAGCGUGUGUACCACUCUACCAGAGAAAAUAGAGAGAGAGAAAGAAACAAUGCUUUAAAAACCCAUUAUCAGUUACAUUAGGCCAAAGGUAAAAGAGCAAGAAAAUAUACAAUACACACAUUGCAAAUAUAUAUUUGAUAAAACCAUAGUUACGAUAAGCAGCAGCAGUAGCGAGUGUUGCUGGCUGUGUAGCAUGUAUGUUUCUUGAGAGAAAGGCUUAAUUAUAGGAACCCACCAAAAACUCAUAUUAACAGUAAUAAUAAUAAUCCAAUCCAAUCCCCUUAAGUCUCUCUCUUCCUCAGAAAUCAUUGCCAAUUUCUUUUGAGCCGUUUCUCUACUUAUGAUCAUAAUCUGCCUUUUUUAGCUUUCAAAUCAUAUCAAAUGUUCUUCAUUUUUUUUUAAUCUAUAGAAUAGUCAUGGGUUCUCACUUUUUGCAUUAAGUCACCUCCCUAGUACUUUUUUUUUUCUUCUUCUUCUUGUCUAUUAAAAACACCAAAUGGAGUACGGUAGCCUUGGAGGAGGAGGAGGUAGUAGUGGUGCCGGCGGUAGUGGCUCUGGCGGAGACCAUGACCCCUCCGACCUCCAGAGGAGAAAGAAACGUUAUCAUCGCCAUACUGCUAAUCAAGUACAGAAGCUUGAAUCAAUGUUCAAAGAGUGCCCGCACCCAGAUGAGAAGCAAAGGUUACAGUUAAGCAGAGAAUUGGGUUUGACACAAAGGCAGAUCAAGUUUUGGUUUCAAAACAGGAGAACCCAGAUGAAGGCCCAACAUGAAAGAGCUGAUAAUUGUGCGCUUAGAGCAGAGAAUGAUAAGAUCCGAUGUGAGAAUAUAGCCAUUAGAGAGGCGCUUAAGAAUGUUAUCUGCCCAUCUUGUGGGGGUCCUCCUGUCACUGAAGAUUCCUACUUUGAUGAACAUAAAUUAAGAAUGGAGAAUUCCCAAUUGAAAGAGGAGCUUGAUAGAGUUUCCAGCAUUGCCGCGAAAUACAUAGGAAGGCCAAUUUCUCACCUUCCUCCAGUGCAGCCUAUUCAUAUUUCUUCUUUAGAUUUGUCAAUGGGUAGUUUUGGUGGCCAAGGGAUUGGCGGGCCUUCACUUGAUCUUGAUCUUGAUCUUAUUCCUUCUACUUCAACUUUGCCUUUUCACCCACUUGGUAUCUCAGACAUGGAUAAGUCCCUCAUGUCUGAUAUUGCUGCUAAUGCCAUGGAUGAAUUGCUUAGGCUUUUGCAGACCAAUGAACCUUUGUGGAUGAAGUCAUCUACUGAUUACAGGGAUGUUCUUCAUCUUGAUACCUACCAAAGUAUUUUCCCUAGGCCCAUUUCUCGCUUGAAGAAUCCUAAUGUUCGGAUUGAGGCAUCCAGAGAUUCUGGUGUUGUCAUCAUGAACAGUUUAGCCUUGGUUGACAUGUUCAUGGAUGCAAACAAAUGGGUCGAGCUAUUCCCCACAAUUGUCUCCAUUUCAAAGCCCCUGGAAGUAAUUUCAUCUGGAAUGAUGGGCAGUCACAGUGGUUCUUUACAUUUGAUGUAUGAAGAGUUGCAAGUGCUUUCACCAUUGGUACCAACUCGAGAAUUCUAUAUCCUCCGUUAUUGUCAGCAAAUCGAGCAAGGCUUGUGGGCCAUUGUUAAUGUUUCCUAUGAUAUUCAACAAUUUUCCUCUCAAUGUCGAUCUCAUAGGCUUCCUUCUGGAUGCUUGAUUCAGGAUAUGCCUAAUGGAUACUCCAAGGUUACUUGGGUGGAGCAUGUGGAGGUAGAAGACAAAAACCCAACUCAUCGACUUUAUAGAGAUCUCAUUCACAGUGGAAUGGCCUUUGGAGCUGAAAGGUGGCUUGCUACUCUACAAAGGAUGUGCGAAAGGUUUGCAUGUCUAAUGGUAUCAGGCAAUUUAACACGAGAUCUUGGCGGAGUAAUUCCAUCACCAGAUGGCAAGAGAAGUAUGAUGAAACUUGCUCAAAGAAUGGCCAACAGUUUCUGUUCUAGCAUCAGCACAUCUAACAGCCAUCGAUGGACCGCUAUUUCUGGUUCAAAUGAGGUUGGAGUUCGAGUUCAUAAGAGCACAGAUCCUGGGCAACCAAAUGGUGUAGUUCUUAAUGCAGCUACUACUUUCUGGCUUCCAGUUUCUCCACAAAAUGUCUUCAAUUUCUUCAAGGAUGAAAGAACUCGAGCUCAGUGGGAUGUUCUCUCUAGUGGCAAUGCAGUGCAAGAAGUUGCUCACAUUGCCAAUGGUUCACAUCCUGGAAACUGCAUAUCUGUUCUUCGAGCAUUUAACUCUGGUCAGAACAAUAUGUUAAUACUUCAAGAGAGCUGUAUAGAUUCAUCGGGUUCGCUGGUAGUGUACUGCCCAGUUGAUCUACCAGCCAUCAACAUAGCAAUGAGUGGAGAAGACCCUUCUUAUAUUCCAUUGCUGCCAUCAGGAUUCACUAUUUGUCCUGAUGGUAGACCAGACCAUGGGGAUGGAGCAUCAACAAGCUCAAAUGCACAUGGAAGCAUGUGUAGGUCAAGUGGUUCACUGAUAACAGUGUCAUUUCAAAUACUAGUAAGCAGUUUGCCAUCAGCCAAGCUAAAUAUGGAGUCAGUAACCACGGUGAAUAACCUUAUCAAUACCACCGUUCAGCAAAUUAAGGCUGCCAUGAACUGUCCUAAUUCUUGAUAUCUGCUCUACUCCAAAUGCAAUACAACUGUUUUCUCUUCUUCACAAGAAGCUUUAAAUAUGGAGAUAAGAGGGAUAUUCAGAGCCUAAUUCAGCAAAGAGAAAAAAGGGUAUUGAUUAUUGAAUGAGAUAUAAGUAUUGGAGGGGUUAGUUGAGGCUUUGAAUGCAUUCUCAUCAAAGAACAGAAGAUGGGUUAUUACUGCUGCUUCUGCUGCUGCUGCUGUUUUCUUUUACUUUGCUGCCAGACUUCAUUACAGUCUUCACCAGCUAGAUUUUAUUAAACAUUUAUUACUAUUUUUUUAUUUUUAAAUUUCUACAAGGAUUCUUUGUUUUUUUUUUCUUGAGAAAAUAUUUACAUUAAUAGUGUGAUUUUAAAGAGGGAGUCAAGAACGCACCAUCCGUCUCUAUCUUGGUGAUUGGGAAUUGGGGCAUCUGUUUUCCAUUUGCCUCUCUGCAAUACAUCAAGAAAAAUGUGUGGUUCGGGUAUUGACUUUCUGUGCUUUUACAUUUAUUUUAGCAAUCAAUGAUCCUUUUUCUUUCUUUUUUU